AUGGAUGACAUAUUGCAAGGGCUCAACUCAGCCCAAAGGACGGCCGUAGUCUCGGAAGCAUCAGUGCUCCAGGUGCUGGCCCCUCCUGGAUCUGGCAAAACGAAGACGCUGACAGCACGCGUUGCACAUCUGAUCUCAGCACGAGGCUUGCAACCAUGGAACAUCAUCGUCUGCACAUUCACCGUGAAGGCCGCCAAGGAAAUGAAAGAGCGCAUCACGGGGCUUGUUGGCAGUGGCCUCUCGCGACAGCUCAACCUGGGCACAUUUCACUCCGUGGCCUUACGUUACCUCAAAGCCUACGGCCACCACAUUGCACUGCCCAAGGACUUCGGCAUCGCGGACACGAGCGACUGCAAAGCGAUUCUCCAUCGUCUGAUCAAGCAGCAUGGUAUGGGUAUCACGGCGGGCCAGGCUGUGGGCAGAAUCUCGCAGAGGAAAGCAAAGGGCGGCUCGACCGAUGGCACGACCGAGAAGAGUGUUGAGCAACAAGAAUUCAAUCUCCUUUUCGCCGAAUACGAGGCGUCGCUGCUCGCUUCGAAUCUGCUGGACUACGACGACAUCCUGCUCAGGUGCACAACGCUGCUCAAAUCGCAUCCGCAGUGCGUCAAGAAUAUUCAAGCUGUGCUUAUCGACGAAUUUCAAGACACGAACAACAUCCAGUACGACCUCAUGUCCCUGUUGGCUCAACACCAGAAUGUGAUCACAAUCGUUGGCGAUCCAGAUCAGAGUAUUUAUGGCUUUCGCAACGCGGAGAUCAAAAACCUAGCUCGCAUGAGGACUCACUGGCCGGACACGCUCACCAUAAACCUCGAGGAGAACUACAGAUCUUCGGGUGCAAUUCUAAGCGCGGCUCAGAACAUAAUCGAGCAGGAUGAGAGUCGGCCGCCGAAAAAGCUUCAAGCAACACACAGCAUCGGAUUGCGUCCAGUUUUGCGGAAGCUACCCUCAGCUAAAGCAGAGGCCCAGUGGCUUGUUUCGGAGAUCAAGCGCAUGCAAACCUUGUCUGGGAGCAUGAUGAUGGGAAGCGACUUCGCAGUUCUGCUGAGAUCUGCUGCCCUCUCGCGCGAGAUCGAGACAGCUCUUGGAAAUUCUGGAAUCGCAUAUCGAAUGGUGGGAGGUACGCGCUUCUAUGAUCGAGCAGAGAUCAAAUUAGUUGUCGACUAUCUACGCGUUAUUCAUUCGCCGGACAAUACCGAAGCCGUGGAGAGGAUCUUGAACGUUCCGUCUCGGAAGAUUGGCGAGAAGACGAUCAAGGAACUUCGAGGUGAAGCGCAGUCGAAGGGAGUCUCGUUGUGGUCGCUUAUACUAGGCAUCGCCCAGGAUCGAUGCGGCUCCACAACGAAGCUGACAGCGCCCAAUCGAAGCGGUCUAGCCAGCUUCGUGGAUGUCAUCUUGAGCGGUCACAAGAAAGUCGAGUCCUGGAACAAGGAACAGCCAUCGAUCGUUGAUCUAAUCAACGUGAUAUCCCGAAAGAUACAGCUCCAGUCAUAUUUGAGAUCGAAAUAUGCAGCCGAAAUGUCCUACGAAGCACGUUGGACCAACGUCGAGGAGCUCAUGGCUCAAGCAGCUGAGUUGACACAGCCAAGCGCGCUGCAGGAAUUGGCCGAAUUGGACGCACUGCCGGUAGUCGAGGAGAUCGAGCAACGAUCAGAGUCAGAUCAAGACGUCCUUUCGGUCUUUCUUGCCAAUAUCGCAUUGACCGCAUCUGCGGAGAAGGCCGCGGACGAAGACGGCGAAAAGGUGCAGCAAGUCACUAUCUCGACUAUCCAUGCUGCCAAAGGCCUGGAGUGGCCGGUGGUGUUCAUCCCGGCAUGUUACGAUGGAUCGAUACCCCACUCUCGUGCAGACGAUCACGAUGAAGAGCGAAGAUUACUCUACGUUGGAAUGACCAGAGCUCAAGCCUUGCUCUACCUCAGUUGCCCGAUCAAGGACACGCAGAGGCAGGAGACAAACCUCUCAGCAUUUCUCGUACACAAAGGAAUGAGCCGAUACUUCGAAGAGCAUGGUCCCAGCAUGUCCAUAUCUGCGCUCAAUGGCCUCUGCAUCACACUCAGACGGGAGUGUCCAGUUGAGACGAAAAUUGCAGAGCUCAAAGCGACGCUCGAGCGGGACGAGGACAACUACUGGCCUCUGAACGGUGAAGAGCCAUUGGAAGAACUCGCCAAGUGGGAUCAUUCAAGAUCUGGGUCUUCAUACACGGGUUUCGUCAGCUCACGAACUACCGCGACCACCACCAUGCAGCAGAAUUUCUCAACAGCCAACGCUACAAUACCGAAGCUCGACCAAAGAGCUGCAGAGCAAGAGAAGAAAGCUCAGCAGAACCCUGAACAACAGCCAAAAGGCCGGAAGCGGCAGAUCGAAGGACAAGGCAGUAUUGCGAGCUUCUUCAAGAAACCUCGUCCAUCACCAGAACGGGAGCCUCUGCGAAAUCCUCAAGAGCUGCGACCGACAGCAGCAGGUUUUAUGACAGCAAGUCAGAAAAUGCCAUCAUCACAUAAGCCUCGAUCUACACCGAUUCUCAGUAAACCUAAUAUCUCGAGAUCUGCUAGUCAAGCGGAUGGAGAGAAUGCCGGCGGCAAAUAUGUCUUCCUAUCGAGUUCACCUCCACCUUUAGAUCCAGAGGAUGAAGAACCACCUCCGCCGCCACGUCCUGCUCCUCCUGCAAUACCUGCUUUGAACGGCUUCAGACCGGCUAGUACGUUUCAUACAACCUCGAUGCAGCAGCAGAGCUCUGCAUCCGUACGGAAGACUUUAGGUGUGAAGCGAAGUAUGAAUGGAUGGCCGCCUCCAAAGCGAGGAUAG